AUGGCGAUCAGCAACAAGAAGCUCCAGAAGAUUAUGACGCUGCCGAUCAAUCAGAUCUUCAGAUAUCUUCAGAACAGAUCUCGUGUGCAGGUGUGGCUUCACGAGCAGGCAGAUCUGAGGAUCGAGGGCCGCAUCCUGGGUUUUGACGAGUACAUGAAUCUUGUUAUUGAUGAUGCGGAGGAGAUCAUGGUGAAGAAGAAGACUCGCCGUGCUAUCGGCCGCAUCUUGCUGAAGGGCGACAACAUUUGUCUCAUGAUGAAUACCGGGGCCUAG